GCCCUAUCGUUCAGUGAAAAAAUUCAUACAAAACACAUUCUAGCAAUGUUUACAUUAAAAUUAUUAAAUUCAAGCACGAUUUCAAGUAGAUAUACUUGCAGAUAUGUUACAUCUGGUUCUCAAAAGCUUUUAGGUUUGUUUGGAAAGAAAGAGAAGGAACCAGAACCUGCUGAAAAUGCUUUAGAAAUGUUCGAUGCAGAUCAAAAUGAAAUCGAUUCAGAAUUGAAGAAAGAACGAAUUCAAGCAAUAAGAAACAAGUCAAGACUCAAUGAUAAUCACCGCAGGUUACUUCUAGGUGAAGUUCCUUAUCAAAACGCUCAAAGUUGGGUUCACAAUACAUUGAAAUAUAAAAGAAAAUUAUAUGGAAAGCUUGGAGAAAAAAGCGGCUUAGAUCCAAGAAUAUGUUUUUGGACUCAUACUGAGAUCGAAGACAAAAAUGAAUAUGAACGUACAGCAUAUCCAAAAACUGUUCAAGAAAUGAUUCAGAUCAGUGAACAGGAUAAGAAAGAAACGAAAGAAAAAGAAUUAAAACGAGAUGAAGAUAUUGCAAGGAAUCUUGAAAAACUUGAGAUGUGGAAAACUGACAUCGUAAAACGAAAAGAGAAGAGAGAAAAUGAUGCACGAGUGGCCAAAGAACGUAAGGAUCGACUUAUAGAAGAAGUUCGACGACAUUUCGGUUACACCAUUGACAUUCGUGAUGAGCGAUUCAAACAAAUGCUGGAAGAAAAACAAAAACAACAACGCAAAGCUAUGAAGGAAAGUAAACGUCAAGAAAAGGAAUCAAAAUUGCUUGAAAAACUUAAAAGUGUAAAAGCGGAAGACAAGCUGAGUACGGAACCGUCGGAAAAUAGUGAUGAGAGUGAUCCAAGUGAAGAGAAAGAUGAAGACGUCAAUCAAAACACGGAAGAAGAAAAUGUGAAGAAGUAAUGUAAAAUGAGAAUAAGUUUAGUCAAUAAAAAAAAUUUAAAUCUUACCUAAAGU